UUUUUCUUAUUCGUUUUCUCUGCUCCUGCAAUCUCCGAUCGCGCUAUCUCUCUCUCUCUUCUCUGUCUCUCUUUCCCUUCCAAGAAAGAAAAGGCACGAAAUGGUCAGCCUCACCACAUAGUAUAGAAAACCCCACCAUUCCUUUCCCUCUGGACUCCAUCAAACAAACUAGAGAGAGAGAGAGAUAGAGAUAGAGAUAUAGAGAGAGAGAGAGAGGAGAAACGGAGGAGCUCCACGAAGAACUCUCGAAUCUUCGUCUUUUUUCUCUUUACGCUUCGAUCCCUAUAUAAAGAAUUUUGCACUUCACAUCAUCCCCCACCCGCAUCUUCCUCCUCCUCCUCCGACGACGAAGAAAUAUCUACGAAGAGCUAGGGUUAGGGUUAAGGAUUCUCUCCGAUUCCUUCGGCAUUCUCCGAGAUCGCCAUCGCCAUCGCCAUCGCCAUCGCCUCCUCUUCCCCCUUGUUGCGUUCCCGACCUCGUGCCCGGCCAAUUCGAGCUGUCGAUCGCGGUCUCUCUGGCCACUCUUCGCCGUACGCGCCUCCGAUGAUGGAGCCCCCCGGCGGGAGCCCCGAGCCCUUCCGUAUGCCCUCCUCCUCGAGGAGGUACGGAGUGCAAUUCUCCGCGUCCAACUUCAUCCAGGCGCCGCUCUCCGCCCUGCUGGAGUAUUCGGGGAUCUUGCGGGCGAGAUCGGGCCAUCCGGAGGGUGAGAGCUUGAUCGGUGGCGGUGGGGUCAUCGCCGCCGCUGCAGGCGGCGGCGGCACGAGGGACCAUGUUUCGUCCCGAAUCGAGGAAUCGGCAGCCGCCGCUCACAGCUCGGGCGGCGGUGGGGAGGUGUCGAUACGGAUAAUUGGGGUCGGGGAUCAUCCGCCGCAGGCAUUGGCGGUCGGGCCGGCGAGAGAGGGGAUCUCUGGUAGUUCUACUGCUCUCUCUACUGAGCAGAGCCCUUCAGUGCCUGAAAGGCACGGCAGAGAUGGAGGGAGUGACGGCGGUGCGGUCGGAGAGGUGACAUCGUUGUCAUCGUCGUCAUCUUCUUCUUCUUUGCCGGCCUCGAUCUCGGCCGUUGGCUCACAGACCACAGAUAGCGAUGCAAAUGCGACAGCGGGGAAUAAUAGAGACCCCUCGUAUCAGAGAUAUGAUAUACAGCAGGUUGCGCGGUGGAUCGAGCAGAUAUUGCCCUUCUCAUUGCUUUUAUUGGUAGUGUUCAUCAGGCAACAUUUGCAAGGGUUCUUUGUUACAAUUUGGAUUGCUGCGGUGAUGUUCAAGUCCAAUGAUAUAUUGCGGAAGCAGACAGCUUUAAAGGGAGAGAGGAAAAUUUCUGUGCUUAUUGGGAUCACACUAGUUUUUAUGGUUCAUGUUUUUGGAGUCUAUUGGUGGUACCGAAAUGAUGACCUUCUCAAACCUCUUGUUAUGCUUCCUCCUAAAGAAAUACCUCCAUUUUGGCACUCCAUAUUUAUCAUUAUGGUCAAUGAUACAAUGGUGCGCCAAGCAGCUAUGAUCGUUAAGUGUAUGCUCCUGAUGUACUAUAAAAACUGCAGGGGCCGUAACUACCGCAAGCAGGGUCAAAUGUUAACCCUUGUGGAAUAUCUUCUGCUGUUGUACCGUGCCUUAUUGCCAACUCCUGUUUGGUAUCGGUUCUUCCUGAACAAGGAAUAUGGCAGUCUCUUUUCUUCUCUUACGACAGGCUUGUAUCUUACUUUCAAGCUGACGUCAGUUGUCGAGAAGGUUCAAUCAUUUUUGACAGCAUUGAGGGCGUUGUCGCGUAAAGAUAUGCAUUAUGGGUCUUAUGCAACGACAGAACAGGUUAUUGCUGCUGGUGAUUUGUGUGCUAUCUGCCAGGAGAAGAUGCAUGCUCCUAUUCUUCUCCGCUGUAAACAUAUAUUCUGUGAAGAUUGCGUCUCUGAAUGGUUUGAGAGAGAAAGGACGUGCCCGCUGUGCAGGGCAUUGGUGAAACCGGCGGAUCUCCGGUCAUUUGGCGAUGGCUCAACGAGCCUCUUUUUCCAGCUAUUUUAGAAAGAAGACCACACAGAAUCGACAUAACUCCGCCCAAAAGGUGAUGGCCAGUGCCGCACUAUCGUCCUUCGUUCACUGUAAUGCAACCAUCGUUCAGAUUUUCACUCCGGAUCUUUCCCAACAUGUCUACUGAGUCCAUCCAUCCCGACAAAUAUCAUGUAUCAUAUGGAACUUUUUUGCAUAGCUCUUGUAUUUGUUCUAUAUAGACAGAGCCUAAUUUCGAGGUUUCCAUACGUAUAGAAGAAAAAAGGAUAUUAACUGAUCAUAUAAAUAUAAAUAUAAAUGUAUAGGUAUGUUGAUAUGGCAUUUUGAUUGAGUACGCUAUUGUGUCCAACAGUGGUGGUUAUGGAAGAUAUAUUGAGGUCUUUUUCUAAAGAGAAAUGGUUGGAGUAAGCUUA